AUGGAGUUUGAGCAGCUGGAGAUGGGCAGAAAUUGCCUCACGACAGUCAUCGCACGGCAGGAUGUGGGCGACUACUACGACAUUCUGCACCCGAAGGUGAUUGUGGUGUCGCACUUCGAGUACCCACCGACUCCGCCAACAGUCGCCGACACCAUCCCGCUUAUCGCCCGCGGACUGCGUAGGGCCGCCGCCGAAAAGUCGAAAACAAAGACGGCAGCGAUACAGAAGAGGGGCACUGUGGUCGGCGGAGUGGCGCGGACGCGGGAGAGUGGGCCGCUCGGAGCAAACCGCGCGGCGGGGACCGAAUCGAUGGCAACGACAACGACGGCAGCCACAAGAAUGGGAGCCACAUUCGAUUCUACUUUGAAUUCCGAAAAGACGACGAACGUGGGGCGGGGCAGCAAGUCGUUUGAUGACCGAAAGCAAAGGCCGAAGAAAGGGGGCGCAGGAAAGUACGAGGUUGACAUCGUGGAGGGCCCGCUGCUUGCAACAGAGCGGCUGUACAGGAUCCUGUACUGGAUGAGCAAGGGAAAGCACAUCGCCGAGACAAACGUCGAGAUGGAGGUGCGGAAAGCGAUCCUACAGGAGUCGGAGAAACUACCGCCCCCACCGGCGCCAAAGAACGAGGCGGAGCGGUACGCGCAAAUUGGCCGCCAAUACACCGAGCGCAACCAACGUCUUAGUCGAUUUAUCAUGACGUAUGGACGCGAUUCGCUGCUCUUUCGCGAUGAAUGCUACUUUGAGGACGGCCUGAUUGUGACGGUACAUCGCUACAUGCUUACAGUGCAAGAAAUGUUUGCCGUUCUGGGCCUUUCCGGAUGUGAGCACCAGCCACAGGCCCAGAGGCGAAUGGAGGAGAUUUUGGCGGAACGCGAGGACUUUUACUCUGCCCGAAAGGUCCGAGUGGACAUGAACGGUCACGCGACGUUGCCAUUGCUGGACUUUACGUUUUGCAAAAUUCCCGAUUCACUGCAUCUCUUGCAGGUUCGGCCUGUUUCUGGCACGCCCCACGUGCCGCGUAAGGUGCAGCCGACUGUUGAGCCACAGUUUGCCCAGGGCGUAUUCCUGAACCAGCAGAGUGAUCCAUCACGUCCGCAGAAGGAGCAGCGGGUGAUAAUCAGGGCACGCAACAAACAGGGCGACGAGGAGGUCUACGAAUUUGUUGAAAGCGCCAAGUCCCGUUUUGGUUUUCUGCAAGACCCCAAGAGGGCCGUGGAGAACUCUCUUGAGAGUUUCGCGGGAAAGUUGAAGUCUGUCUACGCCACUACAAGCGUACGCGUCAGUGGUUGCGAAAUGGAAUCGACCGAGCACUUUGUGCCGGUACUGCGUCGCCUUGUUGUGAAUGCCAUCAUGACGAUACGCGCCCUCGACCUGAGCGACAACCACAUCAGCAUUCUCCCUGAUUUCUCUCUCCUGCCGCUGCAACGCUUACAACUGCACCAAAAUAAAAUAAGUGACUGGUCACAGGUGGAGAGCAGGGUCUGCCCCCUCCCGAUUCUGCAGUCCCUGACGCUGCACGGCAACCCUAUAGCAGAGAAUGAGCCGCAAUACUGGCAGAAGGCGUUGUCGCGACUGAUACGUCACCCAAACCGUGUUGUUAGGCUGCGGCAGCUUGACUUUGUCUCUCUCACGUUGCAGGACUACAACAUGGCAGGGGCCUUUGAGCUCUUUGAGACGGGCAAUCCGAGGGUUCUGGAGGCAUCGCGUGGAAGGAACCCUGGCACGAAUGGUAUAUGA